AUGCUAAAUUUGCUUUUAUUUGCACUAACGCUUCUUGGUUUGAGUAAUGCAUUUUACUUACCUGGAGUUGCGCCAACCGACUAUAAAGAAGGCCAAUCAAUACCAUUACUUGUGAAUCAUUUAACACCUACGUUACAUCAUGCAUCAUCAGCCAAAGGAACCACAUCAACAUAUGUAUACUCGUAUGACUAUUACUAUCCAAAGUUCCAUUUCUGUAAACCAGAGGGAGGCCCAGUAAAACAACUGGAAUCAUUGGGAUCAAUCAUUUUUGGGGAUCGUAUUUUCAACUCACCUUUCCAAAUUGAAAUGUUGAAGGACGUUCAAUGUAAGAAGUUGUGUACUUCGACAUAUCCAAAAUCUGACUCGGUAUUUGUUAAUAGAAACAUCAGAGCUGGAUAUAGCUACAACUGGCUUGUUGAUGGAUUACCCGUUGCAAAAAUUAUUAAAGAUUUGAGAACAGAUUCGCAAUUCUACGGAACUGGUUUUGAUAUUGGAGCUAUUGAUGGUGACAGCAAGGCUGUAUUAUUCAACCACUUUGAAUUAACUAUCAAGUACCAUGAAAAGGGUGAUGGUAAAAAUUAUAGAGUUGUUGGUAUUACUGCUACAACUGAGUCGAUGGAUAGAUCUGCGCUACCAGAGGAUUCACCAGCAGAGACCUUGUGCUCUACAGAUUUAAAAGAUGUCUACUUGGAUAAAGAAAAAGAUACACCUGUGUUGUUCACCUACUCAGUUAAAUUCGAAAAGAGUGAUAUUGCAUGGGCAACAAGAUGGGAUCAAUACUUGCAUGUUUAUGAUCCAAAAAUCCAAUGGUUUUCCUUAAUCAACUUUUCUUUGAUAGUAUUGAUUUUGGGUAUUGUUAUUGCCAAUAUUUUGAUUAGAACUUUGAAAAAUGAUAUUGUCAAGUAUAAUGAAGUUAAUUUGGAUGAUGAUAUCACCGAUGAAAGUGGAUGGAAAUUAGUUCAUGGUGAUGUAUUUAGACCACCACCACAAAGAUUAUUGUUAUCAGUUCUUGUUGGAAGUGGUGCACAAAUUUUCUUUAUGAUUUUCGUCACUAUCUUCUUUGCCUUGUUUGGGUUGUUAUCACCAUCAAACAGAGGAGCAUUGUCGACAUUUUCCUUUAUUCUUUACAUUUUGAGUAGUUUUGUGUCGUCAUAUGUUUCCGGUUACUUAUACAGGUUCCUUGGUGGUGACAAUUGGAAAUUGAAUUUACUCCUAACCCCAGUCCUUGUUCCAGGUAUUUUAUUCGCCGUGUUUGUGUUUCUCAACUUCUUCUUAAUCUCGGUUGAUUCAUCCGGUGCUAUUCCAGUUGGUACAAUGGUUGCUAUUGUUGUCAUUUGGUUCGUCAUUUCUAUUCCAUUAUCCGUUGUUGGAUCUAUCAUCGCAUCAAAGAGGCCAUUAUUGGAUGUCCCAGUUAGAACUAACCAAAUUCCAAGACAAAUUCCCCAACAACCAUGGUAUUUGAAAUCGAUUCCUGUUACCCUCAUUAGUGGUAUUUUCCCAUUUGGUUCAAUUGCUGUGGAGAUGUAUUUCAUCUAUUCAUCUUUAUGGUUCAACAAGAUCUUUUACAUGUUUGGUUUCUUAUUUUUUUGCUUCCUUUUAAUGAUUAUGACUACGGGUUUAAUCACUGUGCUUAUGGUGUACUACACUUUAUGUUCAGAGAACUAUAAAUGGCAAUGGAGAUCUAUGUUUAUUGGUGGUGGAUGUGCACUUUAUGUAUUUAUCCAUUCAAUUUUCCUCACAGGAGGUGAAAAAUUAGCUGGAUUGACGUCGUUUGUGUUAUACACUGGAUACUCCAUUGUCAUUUCAUUAUUGGUGUUCCUUUGUUGUGCAAGUGUUGGAUUCAUCUGUAGUUUAUUCUUUGUUAGAAAGAUCUACGGACAAAUCAAGAUUGAUUAG